AUGGAGAAUAAAAAAGAUAUGUGCAACGAGAAUAACUCAUCAGCAACAGGACAUCCUGCAGAUUUACUGCCAGUCUCGCAGCCCUUCUCCUCAUCACGAUCACGGUGUCAUCCCGUAAUAUGUGACGUGACGCGCCUUGAAACCAUCCGUGAGCGCAAUAGCGUCUACAGUGAGGAUGGCGAGUUCAUUGACUUGCCUCUGCCACCCGUUCCAAACGGCUCAAAUGCAGCGAAGGGCGAAGUUUCGGCUGCACAGUACGGCAAACAUGACAGUCGUGGGAAGGGUUCCGACAUCCCAUCGGAAGCAAAUGCAUAUUUGCAAUCACGGCUGCAUGAUUUUGAAGAAGCAGAAGACGUUGCGACAAGCGCCGGAGAUGGAAUUAAGAAAUCAAUACGAUCGCUUGCGAUUGAUUGCGAUUCUGAUGUCAGUUGUGCUGCUGGUGAUCUGACUAAAGCAAGUAAAACACUGUUACUUUUAAUGGAAGAAGAGAUAAAGUCAAUCGAUAGCAGCACGGCAUCAAAUACGCUGAACAAAAGCUCGUGGAGUGUAGCAUCGGUUGGUUCGACCGGUGGCGAAUACUCAAACGGAGAUUACAAACCUGGCUGUAGCUCCGAAAGCAAUGACAGUAGCGACCAACCGGAGGAGGAUGAUUAUGGCGAACAUUCGUCUGGAUACCGGGAUAAGUCUCCAUUUCUUCGCUCAAUAUCCCUAUCACCAGUGGAGCGUCGCUUUCGUAAACUGUCCACUACUCGCGAGCGCCGACGUCGAUCUGGCUCUACUGCUGGUUCUGGUCAACCAUCCCGAACCGGCGAAGGGUGGAGACGCCAACGAUCAAUGCCGGGUGCUGCUCAUGACGCAGAAGAUUCUACUUGCUGUGAUGAUGACUUUACUUGGGUGUAUUCCCAUGAUCGAGCCGAAGCACCAAAGGCGUCUGUUGAAUCUGAUCGACGAUCGGUUUCGCAAACGAAACCCGCGACCCGAUCGGUUCCACGUGAUCAACGCAGCCUAGAAAUGUCACUUCAGAAAAAGCAGCAAUGUCAAUCGACCGAAUCUACUUCUACUACUCUUGGCAUAGGUGAGGUUGUUCCUAGUGGAAAACCACCCAGACCUUCACGAGAAACGGGCAGUUUAGAUCGGCGACGAAACUUAAGCGCAACUCGUCACGAGCGAGAUGGUAAAAGUCGUAGCACACAUUCGCUCAAAGAAAAAUCAUCAUCGUCUGAGCUCCACAAACAUGACUCUAUGUCAAGCAAUCUUAGUUUAAAUUCCAAAGAUCACCUUUACGAUUCAGGUAGCUUUAAUAACUACAACAGUAGUGGUAGUGGAAGCCAACAUCAGUACCAUUCUUGUCCACCACCCCAUGCGCACAACCCUCGUAUGAGUCCUGGCAUUUGGGAGCCACCACCACCACCUCCUCUAUCACCGUGGGAUCCUCAUUACUACUGGAACCAACCGCACCAUCACCACCAUCAUCAAAGCAGAGAAGAGCUAAGGUUGAUCGACUACCAUCGACGACAGCAGGAACUGUACCACCAGCAUGGAGGAAACAGUGUCUUAGGCAGUACGCAAGAUUUAUCCUGCUCUAGCAGCUGCUGUAGUCGGAACUAUUACCAUUAUCCACCAGUACCACCAUGCUGUCCAAUGGACCAUCGAUCACAAUGGACCAACGAUUUGCAGCGUCAAGAUACCGAUGAAAGGCUGCGACGAUUACAAAAGGAUAAAGAGUCACUUGCACUGCAGGUCAAAACCCUUACCGAGCAAAUGCAAUCGCAAUCCGCCAAGCUCAGUGAACUAGAAAACAUGAUAAAAGAGAAGAAUCAGCUACUGUCGAACGCGGAAGAUCUUCUCCAGCGAGUAAGCGUAUUUGCAAAAACAGUUGGCAUCCAGAUUGACAAACAAAAAGAAAUGCUUUCACGAUCUUCACUUGAAACACAGAAACUCGAGCUUAUGUCAGCGAUGAGCGAACUCAAACUCCAGCAAGCUGCCCUGGAGAGGGAAAAUCUCGAACUGCGUACCAAUUUUGUAACAAGUACCGUAGGAUCAGCCGCAUUGAUAAAUGGUGGACUUACCAAUGGAAAUGGAGGUGGCAGCGCAAUGAUAACAAAUGUGCUUAAUAACAAUAGCAUUACGUCUAGUUUGCUCCGAAGACCCCAGAUUAUUACGAAUACCAGAAUGGUAGGCAUGUCACCCUCAACGCCUGGAGCAUCACUGAUCUCAUCUCCAAUACAUCAUGGCAGUCACGGUAGUUUACCGCAAACAGCAAUAAGCCCUAUCACUCCGAAGACCCCACCGGCAUCUUAUCGACAGCGCAUCGAUGUUCAUUACAGUAGUCUUCCACGGCAAGCUUUUGCUACCACCUUAUCGACAGUGAGCACAUCCAGCGGUUCUUCGACGACCACCGACAGUAAUGCCAACCCCAAACGAAACGUAGCUUUUGGUAAUAUGCAGUCUAGCAAAAAACCCACUCUACCAAAGAGUGGAAUUACAGCGUCAACCUCGAUGAAUGCUCUCUUGCUAGCUGCGGCCUUGCAACGGUCUGAAUCCAAUCUAAAAACUAUGAAAUCAUCAUCAGCAUCUGCACAAGAGCUUGCAUUCGACUCUGGCGCACGCACUGACCAGGGUGAUGUUGUAGCACGAACGAAGAGUGAAGUGCAUCGUUUAGAUAAUGAGCUUCGGCAGCAGGAACGCGCAAAUACUGAGCCUCCAUCGCCAGCAUUAUUAGAUGACGAAGCGAGAGCAUCAUCAUGCAUUGCCGAUGAAGCUGCACCGAACGAAACCAUGACAAACUGCGACACGGCAUUGACAUCCGAUACGCUGCAACGAUUAAAAUUGCCACGUUUUGAUUCAAAGCCCACCGCCGCUAAACCCCGACGCGACGAAAUCGAUAAACUGCGAGGAUUUUCUGUACCAAACCUAGCUGAAACAGAAAAUCGAGACAUCGGAAGUGUUGACCAAACGGAAGGUGUUCUACCAACCCGUAGCUUCACACCCCAACCAUCGCCCUCACCUUCGAUGAGCAACAAAUUGAAAAACAUAUUUGGUAAGAUCAAACGAAGCAACAGCGGAACGUUGGACGAUAUGACCUCGUCGGAUGGGGAAUUCAAACGUGGUGGAGUCCGGGCAACUGCUGGUGCCCGUCUAGGAUGGAGCGGACCGUCUCAGUAUCGCAAGCCUGACAAACCCUUUAAUGAGUGGGAUUUGGAUGCAGUUUGCCUAUGGUUUGACCAUCUUGGCUUAAGCAUGUACGAAGAAGAUCUGCGAAGGUGGCUUAAGCUGAGCUCGGUACCCGGAAGUGAAUUGAUGAAAGCAUCUCCAGUAGAUUUUGAAAAAGAACUCCCACUGCGGAAUCCAUUGCAUCGGAAAAAGAUAGUGCUGGCUAUUGCAGACAUUUCGGGAACUGCGAACGACGAUGAGCUGUUCAAAUGUGCUGGCAAGCUGGAUGCAUCAUGGGUUCAGCGCUGGUUAGACGAUGUUGGUAUGCCGCAGUACAAGGAAACAUUUAUAGCAGCACGCAUGGAUGGUCGCAUGCUCCAUAAGCUUACGAUGGACGAUUUGGUUCAUUUGCAAAUGUCGUCCUGCCUGCAUGUGGCUAGCAUUCGGCGCGGCAUACAGCUUAUGCGUAGUGAAAAAUGGCAUCCUGACUGUCUCAUUCGUCGUCCGAUGCAGUUAGACCUAAAUGCCAAAGACGAUGUACGGUUGUGGACAGCGCAAAGAGUGCACGAGUGGUUGAGGGCAGUCGAUCUGGCUGAAUACGCACCGAACUUGCGUGGCUCGGGCGUGCAUGGUGCGCUUAUGAUAUUUGAAGUAAAGUUUACGGCCGAACUUUUCGCUGACUUGCUAAACAUACCCACCAGCAAGACGUUGUUACGGCGUCAUUUGGCCACACACUUUAAGGAUUUGCUGGGACGCGAUAUCAUACAGGUGAAACGCGAAGCAGAAAAUACCCUCGGUUUCCAACCGUUGACCAUUUCCGCUAAGAUAAAGACUCCAAAAAAGUCUCAAUUCUCGUUGAAACGUAAGAAAAGCAACAAAGGUAGCCAGCUGGGUGGAGAUGAAUGGAGCGAUUAUGUGUGCCCGAUGGGUGGCUCAGGUCAGGAACAUUUAGUGCCAGCAUCUUCUUCUUUGGCUUAUGCUGCAACUAGCACCAAUCCAAGCGGCAACACUCCAAGUGCCGCUUCUGCCUUUACUUCAAACGCUUCUUCUGCUAACACUAAUAUUGUCACUAGCAUUGGCAUGACGAAGGAUCCCUCAACGGCACCAAUUGCCUGUCUAGACAGCACACCCAACAUCACCACCAGCACAACUACUUCCGGAGUCGGGUCGGAGCAUGCUUCACUUCAACGUCAGCCGUCGAGUAGCAGCUCGCAGCAAAUGACAUCGGCGUCGAUAAUUAACAAUGGCAUUGUGGGAAGUGGUGGCGGCGGAGGUAACGAUUCGCCGAUAUCGGCACGCAGUUCCACUACUUCAACCUCCUAGCAGCGGCUGUUUUCCUGUUCCGUUUCGUCGACCGCUUCCUCGCCCGUUCUCAGCAACUUGCUAACGAACAACAAUCGUUCCGCAGCGUCCGAUAACGACAAUAAUCCA